CGGCAGCGGCCCCGCCCACCCGCGCCGCGUGGAGCGCAGCGGGCCGCCAUGGCGCUGGACCACCGGCGCGUGCCGGGCCCGGAGGAGUCGCAGGCCCCGCUGCUGUACGCGGCGCCCGGCGAGGCGGGCCCGGAGGCCCCGGGCCGGGAGGCGGCGGCGCUGCGGCCGCUCCUGGCGCGGGCCGGGCUGCUGAGCCAGGCCGAGGGCUCGGCCUACGUGGAGCUGGCCGGCGGCACCAAGGUGCUGUGCGCCGUGCGCGGGCCGCGCGAGGCGGCCGAGGGCCGCGGCCGGCUGCUCUGCGAGUUCCGCCGCGCGCCCUUCUCCGUCCGCGGCGCGCGCCCGCGGCCCGGCCCGGCCCCCGCCGCCCGCGAGCGCGAGCUGGGCCUGGCGCUGCAGGAGGCGCUGGCGCCGGCCGUGCGCCUGGCGCGCUACCCGCGCGCGCGGCUGGAGCUCACGGCGCUCGUGCUGCAGGACGGCGGCUCGGCGCUGGCGGCCGCGCUCUCCGCCGCCGCCCUGGCGCUGGCCGACGCGGGCGUGGAGAUGUUCGACCUGGUGGUGGGCUGCGGCCUGUGCCGCGCGCCCGGGCCCGGCGGCGCCUGGCUGCUGCAGCCCAGCGAGGCUGAGGAGCGCGCGGCCGCCGCCCGCCUCACCGUGGCCCUCAUGCCCGGCCUCAACCAGGUGGCCGGGCUGCUGGGCAGCGGCCAGGGCGGGCCGCCCGAGAGCUGGGCCCAGGCCGUGCGGCUCGGCCUGGAGGGCUGCCAGCGCCUCUACCCGGUGCUGCGUCGCAGCUUGCUGCGCGCCGCCGAGCGCCGGGCGGCCGAGGGCCCGCGGGCCGUGGGGGCCAGCGCCUGAGCCACGGCGGGCGGGGCCCCCGGAACCGGCACCGACCGGGCCCCCAGCUCCCUCAAAGCGGUGCCCACCGCUCCCGCUUCCCGGGGAAACCGCUCCAGCCCCCGUCCUCCAGGCUGAACAGGGGAUGGGGCAGCCCCCCUCCCAGAGAUCGUCUGGGGGUCCUAGCAGCACAGCUCCCUCCGGCCAGCAAAUCUGUGACUUGAGAUCGGCCCCCCUCGCGGCUGGUGAGCAGGGCGCCCCCCCCCCCCCCCCCCCAACAAAGCCAGCUGGAGACCUGCCCCACUGCUGGGGGGGGCAGAGCCGCAAUCCCAUCCUCCUGCUGCUGGACUGCUAAUGGGGCGGCGUAACUGACCCACGGGGCAGCGGCACCUUCCCCAAAGGGGAGCCCCACUGGGGAUCAACAAGGAGGCGGUGUGGCCACUGCCUGGGGCUGCUCCACUCAGCAAGGAAAAAUGAGCCAAAUUGAGGCCUGUCUUCCAAGGGGAACACAUCAUAGACAUUUGCACUGGGGAUCAAGCAGCCCCCAUGCCCUGAGGAAAACUCUGCACCUGCAUGAUGGGAAAAUUGUGGACAUUUCAACCGAAAUUGGGACUGAAAACAGGAGGCAGAAUCUGGAGACGGAACAUAUGGAGGGAUUUUUUUUCUUUUCUUCUCAACUCCAGUACUGAGUGGGGUGAGCUGGAGAUGUCUUGUAGAAGAGACUUAACGCUGCAGAAAUUACAGAAACUGUGGCAAACCUUAGGGCAAGUUCCCCACACCCAGUGGCACAUUGUGCCCAUGGCAGCUAUCAUCCGCCAUACAACUGUCUACUCUUAAGUGUUUUUUAAAGUAUAAUAGAAAUGAUUUUGUACUUUAUGGUUAAUACAAUUCAGCAGAUGCCACUGAGAUAUUAACUGGGUUUUGCAGGUUGUUGGUUCUAUGCAAAAAUUUGAAGCAGUCCAAUCUUUCCAUUGGUAGGAUUAGACUUCCUUGAUAUUUUGGUGUGUAUAAAUGUAUUUAGUGUGUGCUCCAGGAAAAAAAAACUGUCCCUCCUGCCUUAGAUUUUAAAAGGUUUCUGUUGACUCCUAACUGAUUGCUAGGAUAUGGCAAGAAAUACUGCUGAUCACCAGAGAUCUGUUUUAUUAGAUGGUUUGAAAUGUCUUUCUAUUAUUUUUUUUUGACAUUUGUUGAUUAUAUCUUAACUCUUCCCCUGAAAAUCGAGACUGCAUUUUUCCUGGUGUUCAUUUCUCUUUCCCUAAAAAUGGCAGGAACCAUGCUAGUGUAGGCUAGUGUGAUUAUUUUGGUUUGAUCUGGCCCUUUCUUACCACCUCUCUGGUUGCAACUCUGCUCAGUAGGGGUUCUUUAUUGUCUGUCAAUGCUUAAUUUGCAGAGGUGCCAAUUAACUCAAAUUCUCCAUACAAUGGACAUGUACUAAUGCAGUUUUUUUUUCUUUCUGUGGGCUUCAUGUACACUUGCAUUCUUUUCAUGUUGCCCGCAAGUGUUGUUAAUUGACCACAAUAGGAAGAAUUGGUAAUGAGAUCCUUCGUGCUGAAUCUGCUGUAACAGAGUAACUCACCCAGCCCCUGGAUUGUAUUGACUGGGAGAUGUGUUCCAGACAGAAGUGAUGAUGAAAGGGUUUGGGUGUCGCCUUUAUGCUUUGUGACUAAACUGUGAACAACAGUCAGAAACCACUUCCCAGUAAAAUCCAGUGCAUAUAUAAGACCUAUUUGUAAUUCACGACCAAAGAUAACUGAUUGUAUGGGAAACAUUUUUCUAUAAUAAAUCAUCUUACUGUGAA